AUUGCUUUGUUGCUUAUGGUAGUUACUAGUACUUGUUUUUUCUUUAAUUUGCUUCAGGUGGAAGUACAAAUAAGCAAACUUUAUUGUGUCAAUAGGGCUAUGCCCACACUACCUAUUAAUAUCGAGGAUGCUGCUAGAAGUGAAGUGGAGAUAGAACAAGCUUUAGAGAAAGGAGAGCAGCUUGUUCGUGUAAAUCAGGAUACUCGCUUAAACUUCAGAAUACUAGAUAUCCGCACACCUGCAAAUCAAGGAAUCUUUCGCAUUCAGUGUCAAGUUGAAAAUAUAUUCAGGCAGUUUUUGCUCUCGGAAGGAUUUGUUGGAAUCCACACUCCAAAAUUGAUUGGAGGGUCUAGUGAAGGAGGUUCGGCUGUUUUCAGAUUAGAUUAUAAAGGUCAACCUGCAUGUCUGGCGCAGUCACCUCAACUUCACAAGCAGAUGGCAAUAUGUGGUGAUUUUGGCCGUGUAUUUGAAAUUGGUCCUGUCUUUAGAGCAGAAGAUUCUUUUACACAUAGACAUCUGUGUGAGUUUACAGGUCUUGAUGCUGAAAUGGAGAUUAAGGAACAUUAUUCAGAGGUCAUGGAUAUUGUUGGCCGCUUAUUUGUAGCCAUGUUUGAUAGCCUAAAUGAGAUAUGCAAAAAGGAACUUGAAGCCAUUGGAAGGCAAUACCCUUUUGAACCUCUGAAGUAUUUACGAAAGACCUUACGACUUACAUUUGCGGAGGGGGUUCAAAUGCUAAAGGAAGCUGGUGUUGAAGUUGAUCCUCUUGGGGACCUAAAUACAGAAUCAGAAAGAAAGCUUGGGCAGCUUGUUGCUGAGAAGUAUGGAACUGAGUUCUAUAUACUUCACAAGUAUCCACUGGCUGUUCGUCCGUUCUAUACCAUGCCUUGUCAUGACAAUCCGUCUUACAGCAAUUCUUUUGAUGUCUUUAUCCGAGGUAAUUAAGUUACAAAUUUCUCAUAUUGUGGGAAAAUGGUUUUGUUUUCUUUGAUGGGUGAGAUGAUUCAUUCACGUCUAGUACAUUUUGAGCAGUUGGAUGUUUAAUUUUUUGAGAGAAGUAUGGUGUGCUUAGGUAGUACUCUUUUUCAUUUCAUAACAAAAGAACAGGGCGAUUUUCUUGACAUGUAGCUCUAGGUUGGAAUGUUUUUAGUCCUGAACAUGUUCAACUAUUUGUUGGGCAGGACUUACUUUUUUGUCUUGAGAAAAGUGAAUGUGCCGACUUAUGUCCUAUAUCACGUCCUGGUUGU